AUGAAACAUGAAGAAAAUUCCCAUUGUGCUCCACAAUUAUUGCUAAGCAUAAUGAGACAAAACUUCUGGUCGAUUAAAGGAAAGAUUAUGGCGCGAAACAUUGUUCACAGCUGUGUCAUCUGUUCAAAGGCAAAACCAAAACUGAUGGACCAACUCAUGGGCAACUUACCGACUGAUCGAGUUACUCUAACUAAACCAUUUUUUACCACAGGAGUUGAUUACUGUGGUCCGAUAUGGAUUCAUUAUAAAAUUAGAGGAAAAAGGCCAACAAAGGCAUAUUUAGCAGUAUUUUGCUGUUUCGCGACUAAGGCUGUUCACCUAGAAGUGGUGAGUGACCUGACAACAGAGGCAUUCAUAGCCGCUAUUCAACGUUUUAUCAGCAGAAGAGGAAGAUGCCAAACAAUUUAUAGUGACAAUGCGACUAACUUUGUUGGGGCGAGAAACCAACUACAAGAGCUCCAGUCUACCAUUUAUUCAGAAAAUGGUAAAGAAAAGAUCAUUAAGACCAGUAGUAACAAGGGAAUUGACUUCAAAUUCAUUCCACCAAGAGCUCCUCAUUUUGGAGGACUCUGGGAAGCUGCCGUCAAGUCAGCUAAACAUUUAAUGAUUAAAGGAAUUUUCAACGCUUCAUUGACUUAUGAAGAAUUGACAACAGUCAUAACUGAAAUAGAAGCCAUGUUAAAUUCAAGGCCAAUAACAAAAAUGUCAUCCGAUCCAAAUGAUCUAACAGCGCUUACACCAGGACACUUUCUCAUAGGCGAACCACCUACCACUAAUGUAGAUCCUUAUCAAAAGGAGAGCCGAAUGAGUUUAUCAUCACGAUGGCGUUUAGUUUCUGAACUCAAACAAGAAUUCUGGAGAAGAUGGUCAAAGGAAUAUCUCAAUGAACUCCAAUCAAGGUACAAAUGGAAACAACAAAAGGCAAAUCUAUGCCAAGGUGAUUUAGUCAUUAUUAAAGAUGAUAAUCUACCCAUGUACAAAUGGCCUCUUGGCAGGGUGCAACAGGUGUAUGAAGGAGAAGAUGGUUUGGUCCGUGUAGCUGACAUAAAAACAGCCAAUGGGAUUUUUAAACGACCAUUACGAUCAUUGGCCCCCUACCCACUGAAGGCAGCAUUAAUCAAAAUCCAACAAAACAAAAUUCUACUGUCACACAAACAAGACGAACGAAUGAACCUAGUGAAGCGUUGCCAAAGCGUCGAAAGAUAUAUGAUGGCACAUCUUUAA